UUCUAACGUGCCGGACACGCAUUGAUUGGAUACAUCCAGUUGAAAGUGUUUUAAUUCCUCAGUAAAUUGUAAAGUGAGUUCCAAACUAAUUCAAAAUGGUUAAGAAAAAGAUUGACAAUCGAAUUCGUGUUAUGAUUGAAAAUGGUGUCAAGCUUGGCCACCGGACGAUGUUUAUAAUCAUCGGCGACAAAGCGCGCGACCAGGUGCCGAUUUUAUAUGAUAUCCUAACAAAGUCAACUGUAAAAACGCGGCCAACUGUUUUGUGGUGUUAUAAAACAAAGGACGAAGCAAUUUCCAGUCAUGGGAAAAAGCGAGCAAAGAAAAUCCAAGCGGGAAAGAUUGACAUCAAUGAGGCCGAUAUUUUCGACCUGUUUCGUCUAUCAACCACCAUUCACGGGAGAUAUUAUUCAGAAACACAUGCCAUCUUAGGACGAACUUACGGUGUAUGCGUUUUGCAGGAUUUUGAAGCAAUAACUCCAAAUUUGCUGGCCAGGACUGUUGAAACAGUUGAAGGUGGUGGUCUGAUCGUUUUAUUGCUUAAAUCGAUCAACUCUUUAAAACAACUCUACACUAUGAGCAUGGAUGUGCAUAAACGUUACAGAACAGAGGCCCAUCAAACCAUAACGUGUCGUUUCAACGAGCGUUUAAUUUUGUCUUUAGCGGAUUGCAAAAGGUGUUUGGUUGUUAAUGAUGACCUCACCGUUUUACCGCUCAGUUCGAAGACGAUCGACGUGAAGCCUGUGAACGUGGGACAAAAUCUAAAUUCGGAAAAUGAAGAGCUUCUGAGGGAGUUGAAAGACAACCUACGGGAUACACCACCAGCUGGUCCGCUGGUGAACUUAUGCAAGACUUACGAUCAAGCAAAAGCCGUGGCGCAGUUCAUUGAUGCCUUGGCUGAAAAGCAAUUAAAACCACCAACAUCAUUAACAGCGGCAAGAGGUCGUGGGAAGUCAGCUGCAAUGGGAUUAUCAAUAGCGGCGGCGGUUUCUUUCGGUUACGUAAAUGUCUACGUAACUUCACCACAUCCCGAGAACUUGAUAACGUUGUUUGAAUUCGUUCUGAAAGGAUUCGACGCCCUGGAAUAUCAAGAACAUUCUGACUACACAAUUAUUCGUUCAACGAAUCCAGAUUACAAGAAAGCAAUUGUCCGGAUAAAUAUCACACGCCAUAAUCGCCAAACAAUUCAAUAUAUAUCACCAAAUGAUACACAUCUAUUGAAUGCGGCAGAUUUAUUGGUUAUUGAUGAAGCGGCAGCUAUCCCGUUGCCUUUGGUAAAGAAGAUGUUGGGUCCGUACCUGAUUUUCAUGGCUUCAACGAUAAAUGGGUAUGAAGGCACAGGACGGUCAUUGAGUCUGAAGCUGAUCUCUCAGUUACAAAAGGAAAAUAAUGCUCCCCCACCGAUAAAACUGGAAGAAUCUAUUCGUUAUCGUGCUGGCGACGAUAUUGAAGCUUGGCUCACAUCCUUGUUAUGUCUCGACGUUUCCUCACUUCAAUUCAUAACUUCAGGAUGUCCCACACCAGAUGUUUGCGAACUUUACUACAUCGAUCGGGACGCAUUAUUCUCGUACCACAAAGCUGCCGAAGUUUUCUUGCAUCGCGUUGUUUCAAUUUACGUAUCGUCCCAUUACAAAAACAGUCCAAAUGACCUUCAAAUGAUGAGCGAUGCUCCCGCGCAUCACUUAUUCUGUUUGCUAGGACCAAUCUACAAAACAGAUCAACUACCCGAAAUCCUGGUAGUCAUUCAAGUUGCGCUUGAAGGAGAAAUUUCCUCAAAAAGUGUUAACGAUUCACUGGCUCGGGGGCGUAAGGCUAGUGGAGACUUGAUUCCUUGGAAUAUUUCUGAACAAUUUGGUGAUCGUGAAUUCCCGAAAUUGGCUGGAUUACGGAUAGUUCGAAUAGCAACUCAUCCAAACUAUCAGAGGAUGGGAUAUGGUAAGAGGGCAGUGCGAUUGUUGCGCGACUACUAUGAAGGGAAGUUUGCUGACUUGAAUGAAAAUAACGGAGAGGAAGCCGAAAAUAAUGGAAUCGAGGAAGUCGAAGAAGAAGAAGUUGGUCUUCUCAAAGAGGUUAUUAAGCCGAAGAGGAACGUCCCUACCCUUCUGAAGCGCUUAACAGAACGACACCCAGAACGAAUUGACUACAUCGGUACGUCCUAUGGACUUACAAAUGAGCUACUUAAGUUUUGGAAGAGUCAACACUUUGUGCCAGUCUAUCUAAGCCAAAAGCCAAAUGAGCUAACAGCAGAGCAUUCAUGCAUAAUGAUAAGUACACUGCAAAAAGCAGGCAUAGCAAAGUCUUCAGGGGAAUGGCUUCCAUUAUACUUUGCCGAUUUUCGUCGAAGGAUCAUAAAGCUUCUGGGGAAAUCAUUUCGGGAGUUUCCAACCAGUUUGGCUCUUUCGUUAUUGGAUAACAAGUUCGCGAAAGUUGCAGAUGAAGAUUUGGAUCAAAGAACUAUUGACACAUACUUCAUACCGCACGAUAUCCAGCGUUUGGAGUCUUAUACACGCAAUCAAAUUGAAUAUAGGCUCGUUCUGGACCUAACUACUGAUAUUGCUACUUUAGUUUUCCAAGGAAAAAUGUCUAGUCUUCAAAUUGACACGUUACAGAAGGCAGUUCUACUUAGUAUUGGAUUGCAAGGGAAAUCCACCGAAGCCUUGACGAAUGAAUUCAACAUGCCAAUGAACCAAGUCCUGGCCAAGUUCUACGAUAUGAUGAAGAAAGUCACAAAAUAUAUAGCAAGCAAAAUUGAAGGUCAUAUUGAAAGCACGAUGAUCAAUGAAAGGGAACUGGAUAGGGGCGAAAAAUUACAACCAAUCACGAAAUCAUUUACCGAUGAACUAGACGAAGACGCAGCGUUGAUUGCAAAGAAACAAAAAGCAGAACUGAAGAAAUUGAAAAAGGAGAACCUGGACGAAUACGCGAUUAAAGGAUCAGAAGACGAUUGGGCAAAAGCUUUAGCAAAGAAAAAUAAAGCUGGAUUAAUAUCAGUCAAAAGCGGAAGCAAAAGACUAGACGAAACUAUAGAAACUGAGCAGCCUGCCAAGAAAAUGAAGAAGGACAAAAAGAAAAAACACAAACGUAUGUCGAGCGUAAUUUAAGUUUUAAAGUAUUGAGUAGAUAAUAAAGUAUAUUUUUUGAAUGA